AUGUCAUGGCCACGACUGUUUGUUAUUGUUGGUGGCGUUGCAGCCAUGUCUCUUUGGGCUUUUACGAUUUUCGACGACUAUACAAAUAGCCUCUCCCCAGCCGAGACAUCUACAGAAAUGGUUGACGUUCAAUCAACAGGUGUUGUUCAAUUACCUGGAUAG